UCGCUACUAACAAGGGGUUUAUUAUAAGUCAAGUGUGAGCAUAAGUGCAAGUUGUUAGAGUGAUCAUUAGACGCACACACACAGUCAAGAUGAUUCUGGUGGACACAUGCGUGUUUCGGUUAAGAACGAUUCUAGUGAUCGGUUUAGUGAUCGCGAUGAGACAGUGCUCUGGGCAGUUGUACCGAUCGGAGAGUGCUGAAGUAGGUCGAAGGGUUAAAAACUAUGACAGCCGGUACCAGCAGCAGCCGGCACACGAGCUUGGCUUCGGGUACUACUACCAGGGCGACAUUAUGCUGCCGACCGAGCCCAAAAGCCAGGACCGGCUGUCAGUGGCCGAGGAGCAUACGUCAACAGUAUGGCCGAACGCGAUCGUACCGUACUACAUCACGCCGAACGCAUUCACACCGAACGAGAUCCGCAUAAUCGAACGCGCCAUGCAGGUGUUUCACGCGAAAACGUGCGUCCGGUUUGUGCCACGAACGCCGGACACGCCGUACUACGUGCAGAUCACGAACCGGCCGGCCGGCUGCUACGCGUCGGUGGGUCGCGUGCAAGACAACAACCAGAACGUGAUGAAUCUGCAGGCGCCCGGGUGUCUAGCCGGCGGCACACCGAUGCACGAGAUGAUGCACAUUCUCGGCUUUCUGCACGAGGUGAGCCGGCCCGAUCGGGACGACUACAUCUACGUCAACCGAAGCGCCCUUGAGCAAAGAUAUCAAACGGAUUCAUUUUAUAGGAACAAUUUUGGUAAAUAUGAGCGAGACAUAGAGACGUACAACAUUGACUACAACUAUGGCAGCAUUAUGCAUUACACGCGGUAUGCGGGCGCAAGAGAUCGCAAAUAUCCGGUGCUGGUGAAUCUGAAACCCUACGAUGAGCCAGACUUUGGCAACACCACGCUCAGCCCGUCCGACAUUGAAAGCAUCCAGUUCCGGUACUGCCGCAAUGCGAGCGGUCUCUUCUGGCUCAACCCGUUCCAGCUGGUUACUACCACCUUCCUCGGCACACGACAUUCCUCCCGUUUGAGAGGAUAAAGUAGACGUACAUUUCUUUCAUGUCCAUGUUUUUGUUUUUAAACAUUAGAUAAAGUGAUACAAUUAAAAAAAAAU